GGUGCAAAGAGCACCUCUGAUGUAAAUUGUUUAAAGCGGUUACCGCGCGCACAUGUGCUCGCCGCCUGUUUUCAAAAUUAUCGCCGUAUGACGUGGCUGUUCCUGUCUUUCGGCAUUUUCUUUGUUAUAAUCUAGUUAUGUAUAAUCAGCAGUUCCGGUGGAGCGGCGCCUACGACGCGCAAACACAGCGGCUAGGCUGCGAGCGCGUGCUCAAAGAAGCAAAGAUGACACUGCGCUGGUUGCACGAAUACCGCGACCUGGCGUACGGACGGACGGGCGAGCAGCGGUCCCCCGCCACACAGCGGUUGCUCAAUGAGCUAGAGUACCAGGGCUUCGCACCGGGUCCACUCGAGACGUGGUUCACGGGACCUGGCAAGAUAGAGACUUACCUGGUGCCUCAGAAACUUCCUCCGCUCCCUAGCACCGACCCUCGCUGCACACUGCAUACCAUGCGGCCAAUUCCAGAAGACCAUGAGAAAUUAUUGUACACAGGGCCAACAAGAGACGGCAGGCUGAAGUACCUGUCACUGCGGGAGAAGGUUUCACCCAUUGACCGGUACUACUACCCUGCCUCGGUGAACCAGCGCUACGGCUGGCUGGCACCAGCAAUGCGUCAGGCGCUGAACCGGCCAGAGUGUGCGAGGAGUGAGCAGCCACGGCGUGCUGCACUGCGCAGGAAGGACGUGCGGCCAGACCCACCUGGACUCCGGAGGCCACUCACUACUAAACCACCGGAACGUGCCGAACUCUAGUCCUAGUCUAUUGCUCUCCCAACCCUCAAUGCCACUUUUUCUCCACUAUGUACUGAAUACUGUUUGCUCCUGUUAUACCAAAAUUUGUACCAACACCACAUUCUUGUUCCUAACUUUUGUUUAGUGGACUGAAUCCUUGCUUUAUGUUCCCUUUCAGGUUAAAAGGUCACCACACAUGAACUUAAUCAUGUCUCAUGCUGAACUGAGAUCAACACAAGGUUAAUUUUUGGCAAGUAAACAAGUCUCCAUGAACACUCAUUUUUAGAUUCCCAGUUUCACACCUCCUGAGGCUAUACUAAUAAUUUUCAUAUUGUCUGUUCUGUCAUGGGGUGUAUGUCUAUGGUUUCUUUUGGUGUCUGAGGUUAUAUAACGGUUGUGUUACCAAUGAAUAACCGAAACACUUUGUGUAAUGUUUGUUUGUUUGUUUAUGUUUUUCACUUGCAGUUCCAAUAAAAAUAUAAAUGAAACACA